GCCGCUCGGUGGUUCCGGCGCCGCGUGUUCCCGGAGCGGGCCCGGGAGUGCUCCGGGAGCGGCCCCGGGAGCGGCCCGGCCCGGCCCCGCCAUGUGGUUCAUGUACGCGCUCAGCUGGCUGUCCCUGCUCGUGCAGGUGGCCUUCGUCACCCUGGCCAUCGCGGCCGGGCUGUACUACCUGGCGGAGCUGAUCGAGGAGUACACGGUGGUCACCAGGAGGAUCAUCAAGUACAUGAUCUGGUUCUCCUCGGCCGUGCUGGUGGGGCUGUACCUGUUCGAGCACUUCCCGGGGUUCCUGGUGGGCGUGGGGCUCUUCACCAACCUGGUGUACUUUGGAUUGCUCCAGACCUUCCCCUUCAUCGUCCUCACCUCCUCCAACUUCAUCCUGUCCUGCGUGCUGGUCGUGCUCAACCACUACCUGGCCUUCCAGUUCUUUGCUGAGGAGUUCUACCUGUUCUCUGAGGUCCUGGCCUACUUCACCUUCUGCCUGUGGCUGAUCCCCUUCGCCUUCUUCGUGUCCCUGUCGGCCGGGGAGAACGUCCUGCCCUCCACGGUGCAGCCCGGAGACGACGUGGUGUCCAACUACUUCACCAAGGGCAAGAGAGGGAAGCGCUCCGGGAUCCUGCUCAUCUUCUCCUUCAUCAAGGAGGCCAUCCUGCCCAGCAGGCAGAAGAUCUACUGAGCUGGGGGAGCUGGGGGAGCGGGGACGGAGCCGGGACGGAGCCGGGACGGAGCCGGGACACCCCAGACUGUGCCGAGGGCCCCACAGCUCCGCCAGCCCCCCCCCGGCUCCCGAGGGGAUUUCCCUGGGAAUGGAUGGACUGGGACACGCCUGGAGCUGCCAGACACACGGGGAGGGCUGGCACUGCCUCCUCCAGCCCUGCUGAUCCCUCGGGAACGUGGCCCAGGAGGAGGUCGGGCUCCGGCCGAGCCCGGCAGGGUCCGGCCCCGGGAAGUGUCACCUGUGGGAAUUCCCAGCCAGGUGUUUGUGCCUGGGGGGUUUUGGGGAGCAGCUCCCUCGGGAUGGCACAGGACGGGCUCCAGCUUCCCCUGAGGUUUACACAGAGCCAUUAAUUAAAAAGGAGAGGAGGAGUUGGAAUAAAUCCGGAGGAUUCCGCCGUUCCCGGGGAAGGGACGGCGAGGGCGGGGCCCGUCCCUGCCCCCCUGCAAGGACCCAGCUGCUGCUUUGGUUUGGUUUCAGUGCUGGGAAUUCCCCUUUUUCUCUCUGGCUUGGCCAGGACUGUCCAGGAUGCUCCAGCUGCUGGGGAGCUGUUCAUGGAAGUGAAGUCUCUGCUCCAUGGGAAUCUCCUCAGCUUCUCCCGGGCCUCUGCUGGGCAUUCCCAGAGCUCUGAGCUCUCCAGGCCUCCCCCCUUUCCCAAAGGGAAGGAUUCAUACUGAGGAGGGGGUGAACCCUUUGUUCUCGUUCCUUGUAACCAUAAAAAUCCCCUUUUUUCCGUGUUUUUGGCCACCUCCAGCCUGUGCCAGGAUGGGCACAGGAAUUCCCUGGAUCCACCAGGGCAGGGGCACGGGGCAGGAAAGCUUUGGGAGGAGUUUCUGAGGAAAAUGGCUCGUGGGAGAAGUUUGCCCUGUUGGAGAGGCUGGAUGUGGCAGCUCCUGAGCAUUCCUGGAAUCCUGGAAUGGUCUGGGGGGGAAAGGGACCUUAAAUCCCACCCAGGGACACCUUCCAUAGGUGCUCCUUCCCAGGGUGCUCCAAGCCCUGUCCAGCCUGGCCUUGGACACUUCCAGGGAUGGAGUUGGUGCCAUGGGAGGAAUCUCCCUCUGUGCACAACAAUAAAUUUUGGAGAUUUUAGGAGAUAAUACCUUGGAAAAGCUGCUGUCCAGCCCAGGGGCUGGAAUUUUGCUCCAAGGUCGCAGGGUGAGGUUUUCUCCCUCUGAACCUGAUGCAGGAGGGGUGGAAAACUCCUGGAGAGCCGUGACAGGAGCACAGGGCAGGGUGGAGGGAUGGCCCAGGAUGGAAAUGAGGAGCAUCAGGAGCCUUCGUGUCCCUCCUGAUCCCUGAAUCCCCAUUUUCCCGAGCACUCAGCCAGGAGCCAGGGUUGGUUACUUGUGUUUUUCCAGCUGCCAAGUCCAUUUUUCCUGCCUGGAUCCCACUCAGGACACUCCUCUCCUGGAGCUGAACCAGGUUUCAGGGGAGUUGUGUAACCCCAUCAAUGUUUAACGAGGGAAAGGAGGAGGAAAGGCCGCAGGGAAGCAAAGGCCAGGCUGGGAUCCAUCCCCUGCCCUGAGCAGGGAGCUUUGGGGUGAAACACACCCUCAGGAGCCCAGCUUGGGCCAAAACAUCCCCCUGACACGCAGGGAACAUGGGAAAUCUGGGGGAUAAGGUGGAAAAUCUCUGGAUAUUCACCAGGGUAAGGUAGGAACGAUCCAGGGUCCAGCCACAAAGGGGCUGGGAGGUGCUCCAGCUUCAGACAAGGUGGGAGUUACCACUUGGAUGGAGUGUUUGACUGUUAUUGUGAUUAUGCCCCACCCCUGGAAGUGGUGCUCCAUCCCUGGAAGUGCCCAAGGCCAGGUUGGACGGAGCCUGGAGCGACCUGGGCCGGUGGAAGGUGUCCCAGGGGGUGGGACCGGGUGAACUUUAGGGCCCCUUCCCACCCACAUUCCACGGUUCCAUUUGAGAGUCGUGGAUUCACACCCAGACAGCUGCUCUCCGAGGCGUCUCUGCCUGCUCCUGGCUCCCCCAUCCCGCGGGAUCAUCGAUUUUCAUGGAUGCUUGGAGGGGGUAAUGAGGGGAGAGGAGCUCACUCGAUACGGAGCGGGCACAGGGAAAGGGCAGGACGGGGGGGACUCUCCCUCCUCGGGCCCUGACAUUUCCCUGGUGCUGAGCUGGGAGGGGAGGGAGAGGUGAGAGCAGGUGGGGCUGGGAAUGGCCCCCAAAGCUGGAUUUGGAGACGCUCAGGAAGCAGGAGAGGGGUGAUCCCAGCCCCGGCCCCCCGAGCGCUCCCAGCCCCUCCCUGGGGCUCUGCCGCCUUUCCCAGCACCAGGGGCCUUGUCCAGGCAGGGAUGAGGCCUCUCCGUGCCUGCUUCCCACAGGGCAGCGCUCCUGGAGAGUCCAGAGGGAGGAGGAGGAGCUGUGGAAUUGGGGAGGUUGCUCCCCACCUUAAAUAUUUCAGUUCGACUCGUGGGCGCUCGAGAGGAGCAGGAAAAAAAGGGAUGAAAAGAGCCAAGUGCUGGAGUGUCGUGACAGCAGCGUGUCCUGGCUGUUCCCAGGGAAUGGGGGGACCACGGGUCCGUGGGAAGGGGUCUGUCCCCUCCUCGGGGGUGCUGGGAGCAGCCGCAGUCCUGCCUGUCCCCAACUGCUCCAACCCCCGAGGGAAUAAAGGAUUUUGGUACCGUG